AUGUCGUACGCACAACUCAAGAGCGCAAAGGUCCAUUACACCGACAUAAACCCAAGUCCGUCGGACGUCUCGGACACAGUAGUCUUCGUUCACGGCCUGGGCUCCUCGCAGAACUUUUACAUUCCUCUCACAUACACACUGAAGAAAGUCAAUCGUCGCUUCAUCCUCCUCGAUUCGCCGGGUGCUGCGCGGUCACCUCUGCCGGCUGGAGAUGUUCUCACGGUUCAAUCGCUUGCCGCAACUGUACUCGAGCUUCUCGAGCACCUCGGAGUCGCACAGAAUGUCACGAUAGUCGGACACAGUAUGGGGUGCCUUGUGGCCCUUCACAUCGCACAGCUUGCGCCGGAGAAGGUUGUGGGCUUGGUCCUGUUGGGUCCAGUCUACCCUUCGGCUGGUCUCGCGGAGGUCUUCGAGAAGAGGAUUCCCGCGGUGAAGAAAGAUGGAAUGGAAUCGAUGGCCGCUGUGGUCCCCAACGCCGCUGUGGGCGUGAAGGCCUCGCCACUAACGAGAGCAUUCAUCCGUGAACUUCUACUAGGUCAGACUGUUGACGGCUACGCUGCAUUGUGCAAUGCCAUUGCCACGUCAACUGUUGGGGAUCUGUCAAAGGUCAAGCAGCGUGUCCUGAUCGUUGCUGGUAGUGAAGACAAGAGUGCUCCCAUGGAGGGAUCCCAGAAGUACAACGAGGAGAUCGCAAAUGCAGAGCUUAAGGUUAUCGAUGGUGUUGGUCACUGGCAUGUCGUUGAGGCACCACAGGAGGUUUCAACGAUUGUGGAUGAAUUCUUGGGUGCUUCCACAGUGUAA